AUGUACCAUAUCAUACAAAAUGAUUCCUUCACUUUUGAGAAUUCCAUGACUUAUGCAACAUCUUUACGUAAUAUUGUGUUACAACCAUAUGGAGAUCAUGACCGAAUUCUUUCUUCCAUUUCAACAGUAGGCAUUCCAUUAGAGAAGAUUUUAAUAUACGAAGAUUCUGGUUUGAGCUCAUAUGGACUCUCGACUUUCUUGUGUGCAUGUCCAUCUUUGACACACUUGACACUUCAUGACAUAGAUUUUCUCAAUGACGAUUCCAUAAGGGAUUUAUGCCAAUAUCUUUCUAGUUUUGUGUACAUAAAGCUUUCGUGUUCAACCUUAACCGGCAUAACCUUCUUCCUUCUUACAAAAGAAUGUCUUGUGCUUUCAGAAAUUGAUCUGGGCUUUCUAAAGCUACAGGUUGAAGAUGAUUUAGACAUGGUCUUGGAGAGGAAUUAUCGAAUAAGAUCUUUGAAUUUGGGUUUUUUGCAAUGUGGGUUUAAAUUCAAAUAUUUGAAGAACGAUUCACAACGAAUUACUAUUGUAUGCUCACAUAGAGAUGAUAGGGGAUGUUUGUGGUCUGUGCAUGGUAGAGUCCAAAGAGCAAACCAAUUUUUCUACCUUAAGAGAUGGACUAAGAUACAUAGUUGUGGUGCUAAUGUUCGUACUUCAAAAAAUCCAAGGCUCAGCUCUGAUUUGGUGUCAAAUGUUGUAUCUGAGCGUGUUAGGGACAGACCACUAACCCGCCCCACUGAUGUGGCAUAUACUUUCAAGGCAGACUAUGGACUUGAUAUCAGCUACCAUGUAGCAUGGUUAGGUGUUGAGAAAGCGAGAGAGGCUAUGCAUGGUGAUUACUUAACAUUGUUUGACCAACUGAGAUGGUAUGGUGAUGCUGUUCAGCAUUAUAAUCCUGGAAGUCAUAUGAAUAUUGACUAUGAUUUGAAGACUAGUCAGUUUAAAAGGUUUUUUGUAGCAUUUGCUGCGUGCAUAAAUGGCUCCAAAUAUUGUCGCCCUUUGCUUUUUCUUGAUGGAACAUUUCUAAAAGGGAGAUACAAAGGGCAGUUGCUUGCAGCAACAGCUAAAGACGGUAACCAAGGAUUGCUUCCAGUAGCCUUUGCAAUUGUUGAUUCGGAGAGUGAAUCGAAUUGGUCAUGGUUUCUAUAUGAACUGCCAAAAGUAAUUGUUGAUGAUAGACGCAUGACAUUUGUAUCUGAUCGUAAUCUAGGGUUUUUGGAAGCAAUGUCAAAGGCAUUCCCAUCAGCAAAUCAUGGAUGGUGUUUACAACACCUAAAGAAUAAUUUUAGGGACAAGUUGAAGGGUAUGGAGAAUGGUUUCAAGGAACACUUAAUACGGAAGUUGGGUGAUUGUGCAUAUGAACCUACUGUGACAGGUUUUCAUGCAUUACUAGAAGAGUUGAAGAGUGAGGGGAAACAACGAGCAUAUUACUUCUUGUCAAGGUUGGAACCUGAACAUUGGGGAAAUGCUUACUUUAAGGGACAACGAUAUGGCGAGAUGACAUCCAAUGCUGCUGAAUCAUUCAACAAUUGGAUUAAAGAAGCACGAAAUCUUCCAAUAACAAAAUUGGUUGAUACUAUUCGGAAUCAAAUAAUGUGUCAAAUGUCAGAGCGAAGGGAUAUUGCAAACAAGUGGAAUGGAAUUAUUUGCCCUACCUUUGAGACUAACCUCCAAGAUUCAUUCAAUUCUAGUAGGUCAUGGAAUGUGAGUAAAACUAAUGAUGAUGUGUUCGAGGUGCAUUCGUUUCCAUCAGUUAUGGUUGAUGUUGGACGCUGUGUUUGUUCUUGCUACCAGUGGCAAGUAAAUGGAUUUCCUUAUGAACAUGCUGUUGUGGCUAUCCAAAGGAGUGUAUAUGAUUUUAAUGAUUGUGUUGAAAAAUAUUUUCAUGUAGAAAAUUAUCGGGAAACAUAUGCAGUGGCUAUUUUUUCGAUACCAUAUGUGGAGAAACUAGCUUUUUCCUCUAGCGAUUUUAUCAUAUUACCUCUAAUUGUAAAACAGUUGCUGUGCUGCUAUGGGUAA